AUGGAAGUUACAAAGUAUAGCGAUUCUGAAGAGAAGCAAUUCCUUGAUAAGAUCGUGUCCAAAUACCAUGCUGUAGAUAUCAUAGGUGAAAAAUUAGAAGGGUCCAUAGUUUCCUGUUCAGAUGAAUGGUUUGCUUCUGCUGAAAAUUUAAUUAAACCUUUAGCACCCAUAAGAGAUACGACAAGAUUUACACCUAGUGGAGCAUGGUAUGAUGGUUGGGAAACACGCAGACACAAUGACAAUGAGUAUGAUUGGGUUAUCAUCCAAAUGGGGGUAGCAUCUGCUCAGAUAAUUGGAGCAGAAAUCAAUACUGCCUUCUUCAAUGGGAAUCAUGCACCAUAUAUUUCUGUUCAGGGUAUCUAUAAAGAGAGUAAACCGGAUGAAGACGACCCAAGCUGGGAGGAUUUAAUUGACAAGACUGAAUGUGGUCCCUCUCAAAGACAUUUUCUGUUAAGAAAAGAUGGAUUAACCAAACAAAAAUAUAACUUUGUUAAAUUGAAAAUGUAUCCAGAUGGUGGCAUAGCAAGGUUCAGGUUAUAUGGUAAAGUGGUAUUACCUCAAUUGGAAGAUAACGAGCAAGAUAAUAUCGAUUUAGCAUUUGUUGGGAAUGGAGGUAUUACGUGGAAGUAUUCAGAUCAACAUUUUGGUUCAGCUGAUAAUCUAUUAUUGCCAGGAAGAGGACAUGAUAUGUCUGAUGGUUGGGAAACAAAAAGAUCCAGGACCCCAAACCAUACAGAUUGGGUAAUCAUCAAAUUGGGAAAACAAACUAGGUACAUCGAUAAAAUUAUCAUAGAUACAGCACAUUACAAGGGAAAUUUUCCUCAAUAUAUUACUAUUCAUGGAUGUAAAGAAGACUCCCAAAAUGAGAACGAGUGGGUCCAGUUUGUAGCCAAAUCAAAAACAGGUCCAGAUAAAGAGCAUGUGUAUACUAUUCGAAAGGAUUGUAGCAUAUCUUAUAUUAAAUUGACUAUCAUUCCAGAUGGUGGUGUCAAGCGAAUAAGAGUAUGGGGUAAGUAA